GCCGGCCGCCCCCGUGUCUGGCUCCUCGCUGGGCUGAGGCGCUGAGGUGCGCAGUGCGGCAUCAGCUGAUACUAGACGACGCUGGACUGGACUGGACUGGAGCUGACCUUACACGCUGACCUAUGCUAGCCCCUUUUCAGACACCAUGUGGGAAUUGGAGGACUUCACCAAAAUUCGCAGGUGGUAUGCGCUGCACCUGCUGCUCUGUGUCACCUUCUUCAUAUCAGGCGUGAUAAUAAAUGCUGUACAGUUCCUGCUCUAUGUGACGCUGAGACCCUUCAACAAACGCCUCUACUGCAGCAUCAACUACUACCUCAUGUACUCCCUCAUGUCCCAAGUUUUGUUCCUUGCCGAGUGGUGGUCUGGCUCUGACCUGAGGGUGUUCACCUCAGAUGAGUCAUACAAGCACUGGGGCAAGGAGCAUGCACUCAUCAUCAUGAACCACACCUUCGAGGUGGACUGGCUCAUGGGCUGGAUUGUGGCUGACCGCAGUCAAACUCUUGGGUCUGCGAAAGUAUUUGUCAAGAAAAUGAUGCAGUAUGUCCCAACCAUAGGGUGGGCCUGGCGAUUCUCUGAUGCAAUAUUUUUGAAUCGCAAGUGGGAAGAAGAUAAAACUGUUAUGGAGACACAGAUCAAAGAAUUCUUUGAUUAUCCAUACCCAGUGUGGAUGCUGUUGUUUGCUGAGGGCACAAGGUUCACACCUGCCAAGCACAAAGCCAGCAUGGAGUUUGCCCGCAAGAGAGGCCUGCCGGAGCUGAAGAGACAUUUAAUUCCUCGCACUCGUGGUUUCAUCCAGUGUGUCCAGUCUCUUAAAGGAAACUUCCCUGUCAUGUAUGACGUCACUGUGGGCUUCAACACCAAGGAGGGUGUGGCACCAACCCUUCAAAACAUGCUGCGUGGAAGGAAGGUCAUGAGUGAAAUAUAUAUACGACGGAUUCCUCUCAGCGAAGUUCCGGAUGAUGAUGAAGGCGCAUCAAAUUACCUGCAUGAUUUGUACAGGCAAAAGGACAAGUUACUGGACAGCUACAUGAGGACAGGAAGCUUCACCCAAGAGAAUGAUCUGCCAAAGUACGACAGCCGUCCCAUGCCAAGGAGACCGUACUCUCUCAUCAACAUGUUGUUAUGGGCGUCCUUUGUGCUCUCCCAGAUCCUCCGCUUUUAUUACAAUCUCGUCGUCAGCGGGUCCCUCUUGUCGCUCUCCUUUGCUGUUGGCAUCGUCAUCUUUGCAUACAUCGGCCUGUACAAGAUGAUAGCACUAACAAAGAUAGAGAAGGGAUCAGGGUACGGGAGCACAGACACCAAGAAAGAAGAGUAGGUGACCUGUGUCUGUGUGAGGGAAACAGUUUCUGUUAAGGUAAGGCAUUUCAUCUCUGAGCCUCUAGGGAUUUUUUCACAUCAUUUUGUAAGCAGCGCUGUUACAAAAGUUGGUACUUGACCGAGUUGAUAGGUUCUGUGAUGUUUAUUUUUGUUUGUUUUUUGCAUUAGAAGUUGAGGAUGUUAUUGUUGACUAUUGACAACAUUUUCAUACCAGUAGAUUCCUCCACAGUCAAGUGCUGCAAUGCUUUUGUAGAUAAAUUGUUUUUUUACUAGUUUAUAUUAGGAAUUGUAUAAUUUAUAUUGUAAUGUUCCAAUUGCUCCUUAAGACCUAGGCUGAACUGAUUGGCAAUGGUCAUUAUUAUAACUAUUUAGUGCAAAGCAGAUGCAUUACAAUAGGCACAUUAUGAAUUUCUGCUGAACUAGCUGAGGUUUGGGUGUAAUGUAUCAUAAUUAUAUAAGUAAGCCAUUAGUUAUGGAAAUACAAGAGGAAACUUGAGUCUAAAAAGUUACGUUUUUAUAAAAAAAAGAUAAAUUGUUUGUAAUUUAUGUGGGAUAUUUUUUUGUUGGUUUGAAAUUGAGGAUGACCAAUAUAUUUAUAUACCAUAUAUGAUUAACUCAGGGGAUCCCAUCUGUUUAAUGGUUCUGUAGAGUGUAUCAUUGGAAGACACUGGUACUACUUGCAUGGUAUUAGUCCCACCCAAAACUAGCAUUUGCUCAUUCAUAGCACUCUGUAGGAACUAUUGCUGCUUCAGCAAUAGACAAAGCAACUUGCACUAAACCUUGUACUCCUCAAGUCAAUAAGUAUCUUAAUUCCCUGAAGAUUAAAAAUGAAGUCACCAAGAUGGGAUAGUGAAAGGUGAAUCAUUUCAAUGUGAGUUAGUUAUCAUAACAUGGCAACUCAACAACUGUAUUUCAGUCUUGUUUAUUUUUUGUUCAUUUUAUUGGUUCAGUCUUGUGAUUGGAACACUAGGUCACUGUUGGCUUGGUGACCACAGCUAUUGUGGUUUUGUGGGAUGGUGUGUGAUGAAUGAAGAUUAUAUUGUACAGUAAACUGGUGGAUUUCUUUCAAUGCAGGCCUUGUAUUGGUUGUUGGAAGUAAGUCAGUAGCAUGUUUUUGUAUUUGAAGUGAUUCAAACAAUAAUUUAUUUCUUGUAGAUAUCUACAUGAUAAUAUUCUCAGAUUAUUAAAUCAUGAGCUGAUUUUGAUUUUUUAAUCUUCAUUUAAUAUUUUAGGUUCAACUUAUGAACUUUCUCUAGUGUUCUUGUGUGAGAUUUAUAUUCUUACAAAAUUAGGAAGGCAUCUUAAGUCAUUUAUGUAUGAUUUUUAGCAUAUGAAUAGUUUGAAUUAGUAUUUUUGCAUUUCCUGAAGUUUUUAUGUAAUAGGGAUGUGCUUGUAUUAGCCAAGACAGCCAGGGGUGCUGAGGCAGCAUCAGGUGAAGGCUUAAAGUGCUGAUUUUACUUAUUCUUGUCAACAUUUGAAUGGCUGCUUCAUUUGUAACAUUGUUGUUUGUUUUUAGCAUUGCGUGAUGAGAUGCUAGACUCGGGUUGCAUUAACUCCCUGACACUGAGGAAAGACUUGCUUGUGAGUUUUUCUUUUCUUUUGCUUAAUGUGUACAGUGUGUACAAACUUUGGGCCAGUUGUUCAUGUUCAUACUUAUGAAAGGUGCACUCCAGGUCCCUAAAGUGUUAAACCAAAGACCAGUGACGUCACUGAGGCAGUGCAGGUGGUGUGCCUUCCUGCGAUGCUGUGAACAGACCAGGUUGUCUUGCAGUACCAGCAGUGACUGGCCACCUCCUUGCAGUGCUGCAGUGAGUGAGGUGGUGCUGUCCUAACUGUGUUUUAUUAUGAUAGGUAAAAUGUGUUCACUUUUCACACCUCAAAGCAAGAUGGUUAUUAAAUUUUGCUCUCUCUCUCUCUCUCUCUCUCUCUCUCUCUCUCUCUCUCUCUCUCUCUCUCUCUCUCUCUCUCUCUCUCUCUCUCUCUCUCUCUCUCUCUCUCUCUCAAUUGGUAGCUGUUACAAUGUAUAGGACUUUGUAAAAUACAGCUAUAUUUCUUUUUCAUAAGUCACAGCUGGAAGUCUGCAAAUUUAUCACAUUAUGCUUUUAUUUAUCCUGAACAUGGUUGUGUUUUACCUUCAUAUUGUGAUCCCAGAAAGACAGAUGAGGAAUAACAGUAGAGACGUAGAUCAGAGCUCGUGUGGUUGGCCAGCGUGUGAGUCGCUCUUUUGGCUGCAGAUGGGGAAAGGACUCAACUCUGCCAUUGUCACUGCAAUAAGCUGUAUAGAGUUACUAGGGUGGCGAGGUGUCAGAGCUGAGUCGAGGUGACCCAGGAGACGGUGUACAAAGCUAGUACAAAUUUGUUUGGGUCUCUGGUCUUCAUCAGCCUUCUCACACCCCGUGGAUCCCAAGCUGUUCAUUAAUUUCUUUCACACCCACAUACCACAGCUGGUGAAGGAAGAGAAGUGUUGGAUUGCUUUUCUCUCUGUGUGUAGGAUUCCAGGCAGGAUUCCACUCUGUAUAUUGAGACUUUAUUUUGGAACCAUUGUAGUAUGUUUGCAUCACUAGAGAUAAAAUUAUUGUUCCAUGUAACUGACAAGGUUAUUAUCCCCAGAAGCUUAAAUUUUUUUGUGGCAGUGUGAUAAAAAAAAUUCUUGAUUAUACAACAAAUUCCAAAUCUACAAAAUUUUUCAUUACUAUUCAUAAAAUUGAGAAGAUAACAGGCAUUGCUCCCAAGAAUGGUCACUGAAGAGGAAAAAUUAUUGUCUACCCAUCAGAUCAGUCUUAUCAAUACAUUGGAAUUUCAGCAUUUGUGAUCAUAUCUUUACCUUCCUCUAAUAUUGAGGGGUUUUGGAACUCUCCAGUUUUGUACAUAAGCCGAGGGUGAAGUUUUGUUGAGCUAGUUCCUUUUUAGUUUAUCAGAACCAUGCUGGAUUCUGUUCCUGGCGUUAUAAGACAGUCAGUCCUUUGUUGCGUGAUAUUAGCAUUAGGUCACAUUAAGUGUAAGAUCUCUACAGCGCAGUACUUGCUUUCUGUUAAAUUCUGCUUGUUCGUUUGUAGAGAAAACGUCUUUGCUUCCUCUUCCAUAGAAACGCUCACCCAAAUCGAAUCUAGAUGAAACAUAGGGAGAAGUGUAUAGAAAGAGUCAGAAGAAAUGGUUAUGUUUCCUUUAGAUCUUAAGUUACUUUUGGUUCUGAAGGCAGUGGAAGUGUAAAUCAGUGGUAGAUUGUUAGUGGGAUGCUUAAUGAGGGUGUGCCAGAACUCUACAAGGAAGGUAUAAGGUAGACGCAUACAUACAAUGUUAUCUGAGGCAUCCCAUUUUAGAAUCUGCACUGGGAACAAACUGCUGUAAAGGAACUUUUUAGUAAUACUGUUUGAAUGCUUUGUCUGACCUAGGGAGCCUAUCUGAGAAGGAGAAGAAUUAGCCUGUAUAUUUUGAAGUGGAUUACUAUUUACACUGCUUGCAAUGGAUGUAUUAUUAGAACACUUGCUAUGUACAUACGUGUAAAUAUGUGAACAGUUAUGUGGGUAUGCUUGUGUGGCAACCUUGAGUCAUACCUGAGGUCACAUUGAUAAAGCCAACACAGGAGAAAACACCUUGAAGAAUAAGUCAUAGCCAGAAGUCAAGUAACCUUCACAUUCUUUUCUCUCAAUCUUAAAUCUUCUGGUCUGUGGACAAUCUGCUGUCAAAAUCUGAAAAUAUGUUGAUUUUUUCAGCUGAUUGGGGAAUGGUAGGUGCUUGAGGGAAAUGCAGUGUGUUACCUGACUAAUGGCCAUGGCUGUACAAUGUAUCCCGGUGACCAUGGGAAGGUAGCAUCCUCGUGUGCCAUAAAGCAUCAGAUAAUAACAUAGCCAAGUUGUAAUAAGUGAAGUUCAAAGAGUCAUCAGUCAUCACACAGCAAUAAAGUAAUAGAUGAUACUAAGAAAUUAUACGCGAAUUGAAAAAAAGCUCAACAAACAUUAAAUUACAAGAUAAGAGGACAAAAAAUGUGCAAUAAGUAAAGUUUGAAGAGCGUCAUCACUCAGCAGUAUAAUGGGGCAGAGGAAAGGAAUCAAAUCUCAGACAGCUAGUAGAAGCAAGGCGUGCACACAAAUACACAAUGUCCAGCGUUGAUAAGUGGGUGUGACUAAAAGAUCUUGAUAAUGAGAAUUACACACACACACACACACACACUUUUCAGGGGUCAGCUUUGUUGUGGAAGGAAAUUUGUCACGUUUUCAUUGAGGCUGAGUAUAUAUUAUUGUAUAUUAUUUAUUUAUUUAUUUAUUUAUUUAUUUAUUUAUUUAUUUAUUUACCUGUCUAUUUAUUGAUAUAUACUGCUUCUCUGUAAGUAUUGUCAGAUUCAUAGACACUGCACAGUUUUACACCAGUGUCAUAUAAGAUUCAUUCACCUUGUUGGUCUUGAUUAGUACUAUAAUCUGUGGAGGAGGAAGGAGAAGGGGAAGAGCAAUGGUGCAAUAAUAAACACUACUGAGGUAGCUUGCCAUUGUAUUUGCAGUGCUUUGAAUUCUCUAUCUCCUCAUCCUUCUGUCCCCACAAACAGUGAUGAUGGACAGUACUAAUUUUUAAUACACACACACACACACACACACACACACACACACACACACACACACACACACACACACACACACACACACACACACACACACACACACACACACACACCAGGGUAAAUUACUAAGCUCAAACAAACUGUUCUUCCUUGUGAGCUGAGCUGCCAAAACUCUUAUCUUCUAGGAACAAACCAAGCUGUGUAGCUUUGUAGUUCCAUUGUCAUACUUACCCUCUUAUUAAUAGUUAUAUUGGGUCACUUUGAAGAUGUAGUUUUCAUGUAUUGCAUUGUUCAAGAAUUACUCUGUGAUUUUGAUUGGUACUCAUAUUCAUUGGUAUUGGAAAAUUACGUCUUACUGUGUCAUUUUCAACAUUUUGCAUUCAGUAACAUUAUACUGGAAGUCUGAAUUAAAAUCUUAGUUAUUUUUUUCAGUUUCAUAGGUAUGUAUUGCUUUUACUGUUUGUGUGUGGACAGUUUUAUAGUGACGAGUGGUGUGUGAUAAAUGGGAUGUGGUUACACUCAGCAGACAUUGCCAUGGUGUGCCCCUCAUAACAGAUGGAGUGUGGCGAAACAUUACUGUGUAGCUAGUACAUCUGGUUGCUUCAUCACCAUCUAAUACUAGCACUUGUCAUCGCCUUCAGGUGGAGGUAAAGGUUGGCAGAACAAAUCCAUGCAUAGAUGUGGUGUAUAAUUUUUUUUCUUUUGAGUCUUACUUUAGUUGUUUUAGACUCCAGAAAAAAAUCCUAAUUCACACAUAGCAGGAAUUGAUGCCAUGUGUCAGUUUUUAUCAUCAAGUAAAUCAUUGCCCAGCAAGUCAUGGUACCAGAUAUUUCCUCUGCUCUAGAGUUUAGAAGGCAAGUUAGUGCAUGAGAGUUUUAUAAUUAUUCUGAUUAGAGAUGCUGCUACACCUGGCUAUACCAUUUUUAACAUUUCUAUUGUAAAUGAUUAUACCACUGCUAAAUUAUUAUUUUUUGCUUAAACUAUCCAGCAAUUCUGACAUAGCUAGACUACUAGACUGUCACAAGGGUGCAUCUCCCUCAUAACUUAGCUCACAACAUUUUAAAGAAGUCUUGCCUCGUCCCAUAAGGCAUCAAGGCAGAGUCCUCAGCUUCCAAACCGGCUUAACAAUAACAGUAGCAACACACAGCAACUUGACAAAGGUCAGCACUUGACACCCACUCUACUCACCAGUCCAUCUUCCAUCUUCCCCCAGUUCCCUUCACAGCAAGUACAGCUUAUCUCCUCCCUCCCUCCUCCCUCUCCUCAACCUUGCUCACAUUCUCAUCAUGAGCAUUAUCCAUACACUCGUCAGAAUAGAACACAAGGAAACUCUUGCCUAACAUAAAUAUUACAACUAGUUUGUGCAAUACAGAUAUUGAUGGAUCAGCAGAUAAAGGGCCUUCACAAAAUAUUGUUUCUGGCAACAUUAAGAUACUUCCAUACUUUUUAGUAAUACAUAAUUGAUUUCUGCUAAUGUUGCAUAUAAAAUUUUAAUGAGAGUAUAAUUGUAUCUUCAAAAUUUAGUUUCUUUGAAUUUGGUGUUUUAUCAUAAAUUUGUGUUGAUAGUUGAGGUGUUUGUACAAUAGUGGUGGAGUGUUCAGAGCUGCCUUGUCUCAAUGAAGAGUUCAUGAGCUCAGUAAGUGAAGAGUCAGGAAAGUAUCCAAAAGUUGUCCAUCAACAUGUUAUCUUGUUUCAGUUUAUGACAUUUCAAUUAGUUGUUUAUUGAGGUACUAUCACAUUAAGGUAUCUAGCUAUCGGUGUGUGUUACUCCCACAGCAGGCGGCCUCCUCAACACGUGAGGCAGCACAAGGCAGUCAGGAUGGUCAAAAGACUGAAAGUAAAGAAAUUUAAGCUUGCCAACUUUAACGGAAGCUUCAAUUACAAUGAAUAUUAAAAGACUAAUGUGAUUUUGGAAAAUAUGUAAGUUUUUCUGAAUAUCUAUUGCCUUGAUAUCUCCAUUUGUUCAUAGUCUUUAAUUUUUUAUUGAUAUGUAUAAAAUGUGAAUGUAACAGGACAUUUUGAAUGAGAUGUAUAAUAUACAGUAAUUGUGUUUUGCCUCUUGUAAUUUUUGUAUUUAACAUUCCAUCAGUGUAAUGAAGUGACCACCGGGCAGCACUAGUUUGAUAUUACGUCUUUACAAGACGCUUGAGUUGCUGCUUUACAAACAGAGGUGCAGCAUUAAGACGUCUCAUCAUGCACAAAGUCUGUGCCCGGAAAGGAAGAGUACAUCUAAGAGUACUUUAGUUUUCUCAACACAGUACUUUUGUAAAGACAGUCAUGGGUAGAGAUAUAUUCUUGAUCAUUGACCUGUUAUUGCAUGGUGAAAGAUUUAUCUAAAGUUGGCAUUUCUGUGCCUCUCAAACAUUACCUAUUUUUCUUCAAAUUGAUAUUUUUUACAGUGUUUGUACACAGACUUUUCCUGGCAGGGUUUGCAGUUUGCAUCCACAACAUACAGAAGUUAUUUCUCUACAAGAGACUGUAUCUUGAUCCAGUACAGAUAUGUACCACAAGUACUUUAGUGGUACAGGUCCUGCUGUACACAGGUGAUGCAGCAAACUUCCAGAGCCAUCCUUUCAUAUCAAUACUUAUUAUAUGAUUAGUAAUUUAGUGCAACAUAUAUAUUUUAGUAAAUUCCUUUUCAAAGUUCAAAAUCUCUCCAUCCUGUGUUCUGUGGAAGAUUGGAGCAUGGAGGACGACAACUUACUGUACUACUGGCCUUGUGCUCGAUGUCUCAUCAACAAAAUGUGGAGUGGAAGGAAUUCCCCAAGAAAAGCUCACAACCACUAUAGUCAGGCUUUGUUAUGAAGGUACAAUCUGAACAAAGAGAAUAGGUUUAGUUGAUAGCCUUAUUAUGACAUGAGGAUAGAUUAAGGACAUUGUAGUCACUGUGUUUAUCUUCUACAAAAGUGUGCCAUCAUUGAGUUGUGCAGGCCGAGCAUGGUUGUGCACUGAUAUCACCCUGUAGCUGUGUAGUAAAUGGAUUCCUUCACUGUGACAAGAAUUACUGAACUAAAAGUUGUGAUGAAAGUUUGUUUCUUAGUACUUAGGAAAUGCUCAAAAAUAAGCCAAUUAGGUAAUCCAUAUAAAAUCUUCCAGCUUUUCCUUAUUGUGAAGUUGUUUGUAGAGGGUAAAGUGAUCAUGAAAACUAGAAAUAAGGGCAGUCACUUGUUUUGUUUGCUGAGCUUGGAAGUCACCUUGAGUCCAGCUUGAGUGUUUUGUCUAUUGGUUGGUAACAACUUAACAAUUGUCUCUUUUUGCCACUGUGUGUGUACAGGAUUAGUGAGGAUUGUCUCUUGAGUGUCAAAAGGUGGCCAUUUACUUGAUUGUUUGCUCUUCGGCAGAAACCAUCGACAGUCAUUUAAUGUGAAAAGGAACUUAUUUACUGUAUAUGUAAAUAUUUUAUACAGAAUAAAGUUUCCACAUUGUUGCCCA